UUUCCAUCGCGCGGUCACAUUGCUUUGUUAAUCGUGUCGUCGUCGCUUUGUGAACAAAAAAACUCGAGGAAAUUACCCGAAUCGACGAAAUUUCUGCCUAAUUCGACUGGGCACGAGCACACCUGUGUGGAGCUAAACGGAGUGAAUACGCGACUGGCCAUCGAGCUUCAACGAAAGUUGACACUUUUCCUGCACCCCCGAGUUGAAAAAAGCCGUCAAAAUUGAAUCGACAAAGAUUGACGAGACUUUUUCUUCCACCACAACUGCAAUGGAAGAUAAAGCAACAACAAAAGAUCUUGAUCAAUGGAUUGAGCAGUUAAAUGAAUGCAAUCAGUUGACAGAAACACAAGUUCGCACCCUCUGCGACAAGGCCAAGGAGAUCCUCUCCAAGGAGUCAAACGUCCAAGAGGUUAAAUGCCCCGUGACAGUGUGCGGCGAUGUGCACGGUCAGUUCCACGAUUUAAUGGAACUGUUCCGCAUAGGAGGCAAGUCACCGGACACCAACUACCUGUUCAUGGGCGACUAUGUGGACCGUGGUUACUAUUCCGUGGAGACUGUUACCCUGCUGGUGGCCCUAAAGGUUCGGUAUCGUGAGCGCAUCACCAUUCUGCGCGGCAACCACGAAUCGCGCCAGAUCACACAGGUCUAUGGCUUCUACGAUGAGUGUCUGCGCAAAUAUGGCAAUGCCAACGUAUGGAAGUACUUUACGGAUCUGUUUGAUUACUUGCCACUGACGGCACUGGUCGAUGGGCAGAUCUUUUGCCUGCACGGCGGCCUCAGUCCCUCGAUCGACAGUCUGGAUCACAUUCGGGCCCUGGAUCGUUUGCAGGAGGUACCGCACGAGGGUCCCAUGUGCGAUCUGCUCUGGUCCGAUCCCGAUGAUAGGGGCGGCUGGGGUAUUUCACCUCGCGGUGCCGGCUACACCUUUGGACAGGACAUUUCGGAAACCUUUAACAACACAAACGGCCUGACACUCGUCUCACGCGCCCAUCAACUGGUAAUGGAGGGCUACAACUGGUGUCACGAUCGCAACGUGGUCACAAUAUUCUCAGCGCCAAACUAUUGCUACCGCUGUGGCAACCAAGCGGCCCUUAUGGAACUGGAUGAUUCACUUAAAUUUUCAUUCCUACAAUUUGAUCCAGCACCACGUCGCGGUGAGCCUCAUGUUACACGAAGAACACCCGAUUAUUUCCUUUAAGCUGGAUCGCUCGCACCUAUGCAGCUUUACAUUAACACAUAUUUACAUCGCAUAACAACAACAACAACAACAACCAGAACCGAAAAAAACAAACAAUAUAUUAAU